CAGGCCUUUAACCAUGAAGCACUGUGUGUUGUUGUCGCUGCUGUUGGCGUUGGGAUGCGUCCGCGCUGCACCAGUGGAGACUGUUGGCAUCGAGGAAGGAUCGUGUGAAGACGCAUCUGCGAAGGGGGCUGCAGGACUCGCCAUCACUAAAAUCAACCAGGACCGGCAGGAGGGCUACAUCUUCGCUCUGCACCGCCUGUCCAACGUGCAUAUGAGCAAACAUGGAGAGACCGGCGUGGUUUUCUACCUGACUCUGGAUGUUGUGGAGACCAACUGCAGUGUUCUGAGCAGGAGCGAUUGGAAGUCCUGUGAGGCUCGCCCCGACGAGGACACACCGGUGUAUGGACAAUGCAAGGUUGUCAUCUUCAUCAGCAAGGUGCACAGGGUGGUGCGCCUCUACAAAUACCAGUGUGUCGUUAGACCAGUUCCUUCAGCUCGCGUGGCAGAGCUAUGUCCUGACUGUCCUACUCCUACGGACAUGGAACAUGCUGAGAUUAAGAAGACUGUGUCUCUUUCACUGGAGAAGUUCAACAACAUGAGCGGGCUGUCCAAUCGCUUCGCUCUGCUCAAAAUCAACCGCGCUAAAGCCGGGAUGGCCAUGUCGAUGUAUUACAAUGCAGACUACACCAUCCAGGAGACCACCUGCCCCAGGAGCUCUGCAGCAUCUGAUGACUGCCCCUUCAUGGAUUGCGAGUUCGCUCACAAAGGACACUGUAAGGCCAGCCUCUUUUAUUCUCCCACUGGGGAAGCUUUGCCAAGUGAAGAUUGUGAGAUCUAUGAGCCAGAGGCUGCUGACAGAGAGAAGAAACACCAUGAGCUGGGCGGAGAGACCGACCACAGCCACACAGACAAACAUCCACACAGCCACGACCAUGACCACGCCGUCGACGACGCACACACACACGAGCACGCUCACGACCACACCAAGAGCCACGACAAUCACGACAAAACCAAGCAGCACGCAGAUAACAGCGACCACCACCACACGCACGACCACGAACACGACCACGGCGGCCACAGGCACGCUCACGCCCACUCCCACGACCACGGGCAUGGCCACGAUCACGUGCACACUCACCACAGCAAGGCGCACAACCAUAGCGACGAUGUGCCCAACCAGCACCACAACUACAAGCACGCCGACAGCGAGCACACCCACGAGCACGACCACGAGGUGGCUCUGGAUCACGACCACAAGCACGCCCACCUGCACGAGCAUGAGCACCACCACCAUCACCACGAACAUGAGCACGAGAAUGCAUCCCACGACCACCCAGAGGGCAUGGUGAAGAUGAUUCCCGCAGUGGACCAGCCCAUGACCCUGCCUAUUUUCCCCGAAGUCCCCCCUGGUGAGGUGGGAGUCACCCUGAACCUCAAGCCCGACCCCCAGAUCCCCGAACAAUCAGAGCCCACCAUCGAGGCCUACCCCACCGCAUUCUCGGCUCAGUGCGUACCUGCAGCAGCUGGAACAACCCUGGCGGAGAAACUCUUCGCUGAGGACCCCCAGUUCAAAAGAUCCGCAUAAGUCGGCCCUUGGGACUCACAAUGGAACUGAAAAAAAAAUCACACAAAGACAUGGAUUGAAGAGAAGACAGAAAAACAUUUUACACAAUUGCUUCAGACACGCCAUGACUGCUUACUAUAGCUUCUUUGGGCGACAUGAUGGUUUGAUAAAAGCACAUUACAUGUAACAUUUCCUGUCUCUCUUUUGUUCAACCAUCUGAUAAAUGGCAAGAGGAUAAAAAAACACUACGUUCAUGUUAAAACACAAUGUUCCCCCCGUUUUUGUGGGAAAUGGUCAUCAAUAAUAAAGUCAGCAAACUGGUAAUUUCCUGUUUACAAUCCUUGAAGAUGACAAAAUUGUUGAAACUGACCACACCAUGGCAACAUUUACAUAGGGGAACCAUCAACGUUAUUGAUCUUCAUAAUGAGUCGCUGUUUAACCAAACCGGUAAACAUGACAUUUGACUGAUAUCAGUGUUUGGCUGCACAACAUAAUAAAUGCUUCCAC